CCGACGGGGCGGCGAGCUGUCAAAGAGGGAUCCCGGCGGCGGGAGCAGCCCGAUGUGCCCCUAGCUGCAAGACCCCCCGGCCUGCCGCCAUGAACACCGAGGAGCAGUACUACGCCUCGGCGCAGCUCUACAAGGAGCCGUGCGCUUUCCAGAGAGCGCAGGAUUACAGCCCCAGCCCCCCAGCCUGCCUCUACGUGGGCCGGCAGCAGCAGGCUCCGUAUCCCGGCUCUCUGGGGACGCUGGAGCAGGGCAACCCUUCGGACAUCUCGCCCUACGAGGUGCCCCCCAUCAGCGAGGAUGCCGGGGUCUCCCACCUGCAUCACCACCACCACCACCACCCUCAUCUUCCUCCCCCGCACCAGGACGCUCUGCCUUUCUCCGACGGGGCGGACCCGGGGGCGAUGGAGGAACCCCGGGUGCAAGUGCCUUUCGCCUGGAUGAAGUCCACCAAGUCGCACGCCUGGAAGGGGCAGUGGGCAGGGAGCUCCUACGUGGUGGAGCCGGAGGAAAACAAGAGGACGCGGACGGCCUACACGAGAGCGCAGCUUCUGGAGUUGGAGAAGGAGUUUCUCUUCAACAAGUACAUCUCCCGGCCUCGGCGGGUGGAGCUGGCCGUCAUGCUGAACCUGACCGAGAGACACAUCAAGAUCUGGUUCCAGAACCGGCGGAUGAAAUGGAAGAAAGAAGAAGACAAAAAGAGGGGGACAGCCAACAGCGCUGAUCCCGAGCAGGACUGCGUGGUGUCCUCCGGGAAGCUGCAGGGCAAAGAGGAUCUGCAGCCGUGACUGCGGCCUCCACCAACCCCUCCAGCUCGGUCCCGGCCUCGCCCCCGGACAGCAGAGGGAUCCUCGGGGCCCCGGGGCAGAGCUUGGGGCUUCUUUCUCGGAGGAUCCGCGGUGCCUCUCCCCCCGGAACUCCCCGAGCCGAAGAGGCGUGCGGGGCCGGGACUGCGGUGUCCCGGGGGAGGCGGAUCGCGGAUGGCCGACACCGACGGCGGCAGCGGCCCCGGGAGAGUGGAGCGGGCAGCGCAGGAAGGGGAGCGGAGCCGGGCGAGGGGCUCUGCGGGCCGCCCCGCCGCUCUGAGGGGCUCCGCGGCACCGGUUCUGCAGGGGACUUUCAAAAGAAAUCGGACUCGUGCUCGGUUCUUUGGCAAUUUGGUUUGUUUCGUUUUCUUCCGACUUUGGGAAAGGGAAAGAAAAAAGAAAGGGGGGGAGGGGGAAAUUAAAAAAAAAAAAAAGAGAGAGAGAAGAAAAUAAAAAUAAAAGUAAAAUAAAAAUAAAAAUAAAAAAGCCCGAGCUUCCCGCGGGCAGGAUUUGGAAGAUUUCUCUCCCCAGUGACACCGGGCACACAGGCGGCCGUCGAGUACCGACGGUGCGGGGCCGCGCUGCUGCCAGGGUCUCGCCGCAGGGGUCGAUGGCAGCGGCAAGAGGGGAAAGUUUCCUUCGGAGGAAAAACUCCUUCCCUUCUUCACUGCCUCCCGACCUCCGGACGUCUUUCAGAAGUCUCCACAGCUCCAUUUCUUUCUUGCGCGGCUCCGCGCUCGGCGCUGCGCGGUUUUGUUUUCUCUGCGGACAACGCGUUACGUCCCGGAGGGGUUCGGGGCUGUUUGGGGCUUCUUUUGGAACCCAAGAGAAGCGGUUCAGAGCGGGGAAAAGUGACGUUUCUCCAUCGUUCCUCAGCCGCUGAGGAAAAUCUUACCUAUGCCGACAGCGACACGGACGGGGAUUUCGUGAAGGAGAAAUGAACGGUUCCUAAAACAGCGCUGGAAAUUGAAUUCGAUGGGAGGAAGGCGGCUCUUUUCACGGUGGGCACCGGCCCUGCGGAUGUCGUUCUGCUGCUUUUCUUUGCCUGGGGCAUUAACAUGUGUGCACAAACAGGGACGUUCCUGGACUUUUUCCUUUUGCGUUGCACGGGAAGUGCAGCACCAGGCCUGGAUCUCUUCAGUCAUUCAAAUACCAUCAACGAGUGAGAACUCUGCUAAUGAUUCUACGAGCGAUCUACCAAUAAAGCCGUUCUGCUGAAGAACCAAACCCAGCAGAGCAACACGACUAAAGCCGCCCAGACUUUGCGGGGACCAUUUUAAACAUCAGCACUUCUUCUCAUCAUUAAUUUCACAUCAGUUUGCCACUAGAAACACCCCCGGAGCAAUUUCCAAAUGCCUUCUGUGCUGGCUACAUCGAAGUUGCAUUCAGGGAGCCCCUAUGAAAAUAGAUCCAGCUGCUAACAGAUGAUCCUUCAUACUGAGGGUUGGGGUUUUGUACUAAGAUCCCUAUGGAGCGUUUUGCUGGAUGAGCAGCAGAUGUGGCAGCAGAGAUGCGCCCCUCCUUUUCCCAGUACAACACACUUGGUUUCAGUUUUCUCCGCGCACUGCUGUAACGAUGGAGACUUUCUGAACUGUGCUGAGUUUGCUCCACCUGACCAUGAGGCCAAAGUAUUUCUACAAGUGAAAGUAGAACCAGCUCUGCAUGAUUUAGUUGUAUUGAAUAAAAUCUUUUUCUUUAAAGAA